GGCAGAAACUGGACGAGUGGCGGCGGAGAAGGUAAGGAUCAGUUUCAGUUAAAGUGAUUAAAUGUAAAGUUUGUUCGCUGUUUCCGGUCAGCCUGUUUAAUUUCAGUGAAAUUAGAAACCAUUCAGAUGUUUGGCUUUUGAAAACGAGGGUUCUGCUCAGCAGCCUGGUUCUGAAUCAACCUCAUUUCUGACGCCUGCUGGUUAAAAUCAAGUCCACAAGCUUCAGCACCUGUUGUCCAGGUGAGCUGCUGGUAGGCAGCAGGUAGAAGCUGCUGAUCCAGGUGAUUCUGGUUCCGGAGGUUCUGUUCUGUUUGUCUCGGACAGAAGGAGCUGCAGCAGCUUCAGGUCGGGUCCAGGUGUGACGGACCCGGUCCACCUGUCAGUGGACUCCCAGGUUUACGGGAGGAAAUGACGUCACGUUGAGUUUUUGUUCCCUUUUCUGCCUCCUGCAGGUCAGACGAGUUGGACCAGGUUCCGCUUCAGAGCCGCAUUUAAAUAAAGUCAAGAAGUAUUUACAUGUAUUCUGCACCAGCUCUGGACCAGCUCUGGACCAGCUCUGCACCAGUUCUGAACCAGUUCUGGACCAGCUCUGGACCAGCUCUGGACCAGUUCUGAACCAGUUCUGGACCAGUUGGGGACCAGUUCGGGACCAGUUCGGGACCAGUUCUAGACCAGUUCUGGACCAGUUCUGAACCAGUUCUGGACCAGCUCUGGACCAGUUCUGGACCAGUUCUGCACCAGUUCUGGACCAUUUCUGCACCAGUUCUGGACCAGUUCAGGACCAGUUCUGGACCAGUUCUGGACCAGUUCAGGACCAGCUCUGGACCAGUUCUGGACCAGAGCGAGUUCUGGUACCGGGUUUCUCCUCCACAGCCCGGUUCUGUCCAGCGGCUCCUUACAGAUGGCAGAGGCACCGGAACUUUUCUCGGAGCAGGAGCUGACCUGCUCCAUCUGCCUGGACCUGUUCACUGACCCGGUUUCUACGCCCUGCGGACACAACUUCUGCCAGGCGUGCAUCGGCGGGUACUGGGCGUCCAGUUCGGUUUGCACCUGUCCUCUGUGUAAGCGGCAGUUUGACGAGCGCCCCCAGCUCAGCAUCAACAGGGUCUUUGCCCUGAUAGCCAAUAAAUUCAAGCAGACGCGGUACGGCGCCACGGGGUUCUCGGCGCCGGAGGGGAACGGCUCCCUGCACGCUAUGGAGGACGGCCGGAGCACCAACCCGUUCCUGUCGCCGCUCCGGGUGCCGGCGGCCCCAGAGGACGUGGUGUGGUGUGACGUCUGCUCUGGGGUGAAGCAGCCGGCCAUCAGCUCCUGCCUCACCUGCACCGCCUCCUACUGCAGCGAACACCUGCAGCCGCACUACAACACCACCUUCUACGAAAAGCACCAGCUGCUGGACCCCCAGGAGGCCCUCAGGGGCCGCACCUGCUCCACACACCGCCGCCUGAUGGAGGUCUACUGUAAGACAUGUCAGCAUUGCAUCUGCGCCAUCUGUGUCCUGCAGAAUCAUCGCACUCACAAAACUGUCUCCGUCCAGACUGAGAGACUCAGCAAACAGAAACUGGUGGCGAGGUCGGAGCAGGAGAUCCUGAACCGCAUCAAAGAGAAGGAGAUCCGUCUGAGCGACCUGAAGAGGAAGCUGGAAUCUGUGCAGAACUACGCAGACAAAGAGCGAGGCGAUGUCGAGCACCUUCUGGAUGAAGUGUCUGCCUCGCUGGUCCGGAUCCGGACUCAAGUGGUGGGUGGGAUCCAAAGCCAGCUGGAGGCUGUGACGUCGAAGGGGGAGGCCAUGGUGCACCGCCUGGAGGCGGAGCUUAGCCAGCUGACCGACAGAAGGGCCACGCUGGAGGUCCAGGCCAUCAGUCAGGAUCACAUCAGCUUCCUACAGAGCUUUGAGGAGGCCACGGCUCCGCUGGAUGAAAGGAAACACCAUGACGAUGAUGAAGAGGCCGAGUUGUCCCUUCACUUCCACCUGGAUGACGUGAAGAGCAGUCUGUCCGACGUCAAGAUCAAGGUAGACGAAAUCUGGAUGGGAGAGACCCACCCGAGGGCCUCCAGAGGUUCUAGAGGCUCCAGAGACUCAAAAGAUUCCUUUCCCCCAGGUGAGCUGAUGGCGGCCGAGAGCAUGAUGAGCCUGAGAGGAAGCAAGUCGACUCUGAGAAUGAGUCAGUGGUCUCUGAAAGACACAAAGAAGAGCAAGCAUGUUACAGGACUGAAGAAAGCCCGGGCUUACAUAGAGGAUGUGACACUGAACCCGGUGACGGCGUACCCGUUCCUGAUCCUGUCAGAAGACAGGAAGCAACUGAAGAGAGGAGAGAAGCUGCAGUUUUUCAGAAACAGCCAUCACCGAUUUGACGUCUGGUCUUGUGUCAUCGCCAAGGAAGGGUUUAGCUCUGGGCGUCACUACUGGGAGGUUUCUGUUGGGGAGAACAAGGACUGGAAACUGGGUGUGGUCAGUGAGUCGGCCCAGAGGAAAGGCCUGUUUGACAUGAGUCCCACAAACGGAUACUACGCCAUCUGGUGGUGCGGCAGCCAGCUGAGGGCGCUCACUACACCUCCUCUGACCAAGGUGAAAGGUCACCACCCGAAGCUGCGACAGGUGGGCAUCUUCCUGGACGUGGAGGAGGGUCAGGUCUCCUUCUACAACGUCAAGUCAGGAACAGAGAUUUACGGCUUCCACACAAACACGGAGUUCACCGAGAGAAUGUUUCCUCUGCUCGGCACCGGAGACAAGGAGGUUCCUCUGAUCCUGGCCACCGCCCAGCAACACCCCGCCUGACGGAACCGGGCCUGGACCAGAAUCAGGCUCAGACUUUAGGGAGGGGGGAAGGAAGAGGUGGAGCUCCUGCAGAACGUGGAGGUUUGCUGCAGAUGAACUGGACAGGAUCCUCAGAUAGAGGAGCCUUUUCCUUCUUUAAGACGAUUAUGGAAUAAUAUAUUGGAUGUAGUGAGCUAUAAGUUAAAAUGAGUUCUGUACAUAGUUACCAUGCAGAGGCGUCAAACUCCAAUCCUGGAGGGUUUAGUGUCCUGCAAGUUUUAGAUGAGCCUCUGCUCAUCUAAACAGUUCUGCUGUUCAGAACUCAUUCUGAACAGCAGAAUGAGUUCAUUAAGGUUCUGGAGAUCCGAUCCACACAUUACGGAGGUAAUGAAGCCGUUUCAUUCCAGUGGUUUGUACCUGUUGCUCAUCUAAAACCUGCAGGAUGGCCAGCGGCCCUAAGGACUGGAGUUAGACGGCCCUGAUCCAGAGGCACAGUUUGUGGUUUAUGAAGCCAAUCUGUGAAGAUCUUAAGAUACUAAUGGAAAUACUUGGAUGAUAUUAUGGUGAAAAUGUGGAGUUUUUCCUACUUUAAUAAUAAAAUAU